AUGGCCAACAAGCUCAACUUUGGUCUGAUCAGACGGCAGCUUCUCCCAGCUGAAGGCAGACGCCUCCUGGCGAACUGGAGCUCAGAUGUCAUGUGUCAUUUAACACCGGCCUCCGCUCUGUCGUUGUGCUCACGCUGUGUGAAGCUCUCGGCAUUGGAUGUUUUUGUCGAUUCUCAGCUAGUGAAGUCUGCAGCUCUGUCAGUUCAUCAGGGGCUGGUUUACCGCGUGUGCGGCACUGACAGCAGAUGGGCUCAUGGGAAAAACACCAGCGAGUGUGAGCAGGAUGACCCAGGACAGAAGCAGUACGGUCAGAUCCUCAGUAAGUUCAGAGUCAUGUACACCGUGGGAUACUCGCUGUCUCUGGCAGCACUGACUCUCGCGCUGGCCAUCCUGAUCAGCUUCAGGAAGCUGCACUGCAUGAGGAACAACAUCCACAUGAAUCUGUUCGGCUCCUUCAUCCUGCGCGCCGUCUCCAUCCUCGUCAAAGACGCGCUGCUGGAUCAGAUGAGCAGCGCUCAGAGCUUCCAGGGGCAGCGCUGGGUCGGCGCUCAGACGGUGAGUGGCUGCCGUGUCGCCAUGGUGAUGAUGCAGUACAGCGUCAUGGCCAACAACUAUUGGCUGCUGGUGGAGGGUCUGUAUCUGCACAGCCUGCUGGUCAUCACCGUCUUCUCCGAGAGGAACUACUUCUACAUUUACCUCUGCAUCGGCUGGGGUGCGCCGCUCAUAUUUGUGCUGCCGUGGAUGACAGUCAAGUACCUGUAUGAAAAUGAAGAAUGCUGGGAAAGGAAUAUCAACAUGGGCUACUGGUGGAUCAUCCGUUCUCCCAUUCUGUUUGCGUAUCUGAUUAAUUUCAUCAUAUUCAUUCGCAUAAUAAAGAUUCUGAUGUCCAAGCUGAAGGCGCAUCAGAUGAGAUACACAGACUACAAGUUCAGGCUGGCCAAGUCCACGCUCACGCUGAUUCCUCUGCUGGGGAUUCACGCCAUCCUCUUCACCUUCGUCAUCGAUGAGUCCGUGCCGAAGGGGUCUCUUCUCAGGCUGAUCCGCCUCUUCUACGACCUCCUGUUCAGCUCCUUCCAGGGUCUGCUCGUGGCCAUCCUGUACUGCUUCGUCAACAAAGAGGUCCAGAGCGAGAUGCUGAAGAAGUGGAAGAGGUGGAAACUAGGCAAGGACAUUGAGGAAGAGUACCGUCACACCCACAGCCAGACGCCCCACGCCAAAAGCGGCAGCAUGGCCCCGGCGAUGACCCACGAAUGCCCCGAAACCCCAGAACUGGCAGCCGCGGCCUCGGCAGAGUCCCAGCGUCUAGUGACGGGCCUUCAGAAUGGAGUGAGCCAGAACCGGAGCCGUGUGAGGCUGCAGUUGACCUCCGAGCCACAGGAGGGCGCCAGUAACUGCAGCUCUCUGACGGAAGACAUUUGUCUGGAAGAGCGUCCCCUCAACAGUGAGUGUUCAGCGGUGGUGACAGAAACCAACCUUUAACACUAAUGGAUCAAUGGAGAUGAUGUUUCAUUCCAGAUAUGGUCUUCAUGUUAGCAAACAGGCUUCUAUCAUGUAACCUUAAGUAAA